AUCGUUGUAGCAACUACGGCUUUCAGCUUAUGAGUCUGACUGUCUUCUGUUGCAAAUGAUUGAACUGAUCUUGUGAUAUCGGCAGCGUUUCGUCGCUCAUUCCGAGAAGUGAGUUUUCGCGUCAUUACAGUAUACAGUCAUUGGUUUCCGAACGUGCCGACAGGGAUAGGUGUGAAGCACACUUCUAGACUUCCACAAGCUCUAUCCAUGAUCCAGUCUAGAGGCUGAGCAGUGUGUACGCGUGACUGUGAUCAAAAGACAUCGUGACCUUGGGCUUGGUCCAUCAGUCAUCACGUCAGACACGAGCCGCAGCAUUGUGCUCAAGAGGAAACCUUAUCGAGCAAUUUUGUCAAACUGAGGUGAAAGACGUUGCUAAAUGCUCUGCAGCAGGUGGUGAGCGCUUCCUUCUGCCACCGAAACUCGAGAGUCUGAAGAUCAAGUAUUAGUUCGCUUGGCGUUGCAGAUUUUGACAGUGGGACGUGGAGUGUGCACACAGUUCAGUCCCCUAUCGCCAGGAGUAGUCGAAUGGUGGCUUGAACCAGAACGUCCACAUGUUAGCCGCGCCCUCGGAGGGGUCGCUGUGCAAGUGCUAAGUUUGGAGGCGACGUUUAGGAGCAUGUGAUAAAACCCCAUAGCCAGCUCGGAGAGGGUCCAGCCAAAAGGAAAGAACUAUGAGUUUGAGGCCGUGCGUUGUAGCCUGCAUGGCCUUGGUCGCACUCGCUGUACUGAUAAUAACGGUGUCGCGGGGUGCACUUCGCGGCCGGAUGAAGCGGACGGGAAGAUCGGCAAUUACGGCGAUGUUCACCAGAGUCGCGGUCAACAAUCGACGCGGUUUGAGUGUAGAGCAGGAUGCUGCGGCAUCUCACCAAGAAGACCGCCGAGAUGUUCGCCUACAGGCACAUGUAAGUGUAUCCGAUGGCGAUAUGGAGGAAGUCAGUCUGAGUCAGCUGUUGCGUCUCAGGAGAUCAGGAAACAGGCUCGCUGCACGCAUCGAAAGAUCCCAAGUAGAUGUAAGUUCGGGACAGCAGCAACAGUUCUUAGCAAAUUCGUCAUCUCCAAACGUGAAAGGGAAUAACCUAACAUCGUCCGCUGGGUCUUCAGAAUCCGUGGCUCCCGAAGCUGAGCCAGAAUCUACAACCCCAGAGAGCGCUGCAGAAUCGUUGGCUCCUGAAACAGAGCCAGAAUCUGCCACUCCAGAAGCGGAGUCAGAAACUACAACCUCUGAAAGCAGGCCAGAAUCUGUGACUUCAGAGCCAGAAUCUACGAUCCCUGAGAUCCAUCCAGAAUCUGCAACUCCAGAAGCAGAGCCAGAAUCUACAACCCUUGAAAGCCAUACAGAGUCUGCAACUCCAGAAGCAGAGCCAGAAUCGACAACACCAGAGAGCACUGCAGAAUCUGUGGCUCCUGAAACAGAGCCAGAAUCUACAGUCCCAGAAAUCAUUCCAGAAUCUGCAACUGCUGAAGUAGAGCCAGAAUCUAAAACCCCAGAUAUCACUCCAGAAGCUGUGACUCCAGAAACAGAGCCAGAUUCUACAUCCCCUGAGACUCAUCCAGAAUCUACAGCCCCAGAAAGCAGUCCAGAAUCUGCCACUCCAGAAGCAGAGCCAGCAUCUACAGCCCCGGAAAGAAGGCCAGAAUCUGUGAUUCCAGAAGCAGAGACAGAAUCUACAAACCCUCAAAGUCGUCCAGAAUCUGUGACUGCAGAAGCAAAACCAGAAUCUACAGCCCCAGAAAGCAGUCCAGAAUCUGCAACUCCCGAAGAAGAGUCAGAAUCUACAACCUCUGAUAGCAGGCUAGAAUCUGUGACUCCAGAAUCAGAGCCAGAAUCUACAGCCCCAGAAACCCAUCCAGAGUCUGCAACUCCAGAAGCAGAGCCAGAAUCUUCAACUCCAGAGACCACUGCGGAAUCUGUGGCUCCUGAAACAGAGCCAGAAUCUACAGCCCCAGAAACCCAUCCAGAAUCUGCAACUCCAGAAGCAAAGCCAGAAUCUUCAACUCCGGAAAGCACUGCGGAAUCUGUGGCUCCUGAAACAGAGCCAGAAUCGACAGUCCCAGAAGUCACUCCCGGAGAAGCAGUGACUCCAGAAACAGAGCCAGAAUCUACAACCGCUGAAAGCCAUCCAGAAUCUGCAACUUCAGAAGCAAAACCAGAAUCUACAGCCCCAGAAAGCAGUCCAGAAUCAGCCACUCCCGAACCUGAGCCAGAAUCUACAACCCCAGGGAGCACUGCAAAAUCUGUGGCUCCUGAAACAGAGUCAGAAUCUGCCACUCCAGAAAGAAGGCCAGAAUCUGUGAUUCCAGAAGCAGAGACAGAAUCUACAAACCCUCAAAGUCGUCCAGAAUCUACGACUCCUGAAGCAAAGCCAGAAUCUGCAAUCCCUGAAAGCACUCCAGAAUCUGCGACUCCAGAAGCGGAGCCAGAAUCUACAGCCCCAGAAAGCCGUCCAGAAUCUGCGACUCCAGAAGCGGGGCCAGAAUCUACAGCCCCAGAAAGCCGUCCAGAAUCUGCGACUCCGGAAUCAGAGCCAGAAUCUUCAACUCCAGAGAGCACUGCGGAAUCGGUGGCUCCUGAAACAGAGCCAGAAUCUACAGCCCCAGAAAGCAGUCCAGAAUCUGUGACCCCAGAAGCAGAGCCAGAAUCUACAAUCCCUGAAAGUAGUCCAGAAUCUACUGCCCCGGAAAGCGAGCCGAUAUCAGGGAAACCAGAAGCCGCUCAUGGAUCAUCAGCACCGGAGGGCAGUGUUGAAUCGCCGCCGUCGCCAGAGAGUAGACCAGAGUCUGCAGCAACUGCAGAAGGCGUCCCUGAGGUCACUGACUUGCGUCCAAUGUCAGAAAGAAUUGCCGGAGAGACAACACCGGAGCCUGAACAGUCAGCAAUCGCCGGACCAGAACCAGAACCGAGCGCAGAGCCGGAGUCAGGAACUCCCUCAGCAGAACCAGAGCAUGGCUGCAACGCUUCUGCUCUUUCCGAUGGGAGUGGAAAUUCCAGCUCACAUGCAUGCAAUACUAGCUUGCCUGAACCAAAAGCUGAAUCAAGCGUAGGCCGUGGAGGGCCAGAGCCUGUGCCCAACUGGCCCCAAGCAAAGGAUCAAUGGAAGGGCGCGUGGCCUGCACAUACCAUCACCUUCAGUAUCCUGUUUGGAGCCGUAUCAAUCUUUGCGUAUUUCCUGCUGGUGCAGCACGUGCGUGCCAAGGGUGUACGGAGCAAGCCUACCAUUGUCUUGACGUACGCAGUGCUGAUUUGCGGUUGUGUGGCACGUGUACUCUUCUUGACAAUCAAUCCCUAUGAAUCACAACAGCAGUCUGCAGUACCUGACUGGAUCAUUCGCAUUCUGCAGGUGUUGGUCUUCCCGUGUCUUGUUGUUGCUUACUCGUCCAUCUGGUUCAAUCUCUACAGGAUCGGCAAAUCCUCUGUGAAAGUAGUCGAAGACUUGAAGUUCUACCGCGUGGCUAUCGGCAGUGUGACGCUGAUUGUGUUCAUUGCCAUCAUGGACAUGGCUCUGGCUAUAGAACAGUUUCCAAUGCUGGCAAGACAGAUCAUGGUUCUGGUUUGCUCCAUCCUAUUGGUCAUCUGGGGAUCGGCCCAGUUCCUCCUCUUCUUGAUCUGUGGUCGGAAGUUGAUCUCGAUGCGAAAGAGAGUAUCUUCCUGCGUCCGCCACCUUUCCAGGCACGACAUACAUACGAGAAACCAGAAAGAAAUAUAUACUUCUAUGUAUGUCCAUACAGUGGCCGGUGGACACACAGAUGCCGAGCCGGGGUUGACCAAUAAUGAAGGACCCAUCACUGCGGCUGUAAGUAAAAACAAAAAUGGCGGAGCACGGAGGAAAUCAAUCAAGUCAGCAUCAACAAUCACAACCUUCCACACUGGGAAGACGUCAUCAAAGAGCAACCGCCUCCGGUUUUCCGUUUAUCUUGCAUCGCUUCUGGGCUUGCUUAUGAUGGGAAUGGUUGCCUAUAGCACAUUCGGCAUGUAUGGUGUCCUGAGCAAAGCUCGGUUUGUACCCGCCUGGCCGUGGCUGGCGUACCAGACAGGUAUGCGCAUUGUGGAGCUCCUCAUGUCCUUGUCCAUCCUCUACUUCAUCACGGAUCAGAGAUCCAUCAACGCCGUCCAAUCUGGACUGGCAAAGCUACUGUUGCCACGCAAACAGAAAUCCGACCUGUCACCGCUAGCAACCAUGCGUCAGCUCUCGCACUCAGCACAGCCAGAGAAUGACCAACCUGAGAACAAUUACCAAACAAAUAUCAUACGGUCUCCAGUGGUCAGCACGUGCAGAAGCCCAAUUAUGUACCACCAAACAACUCGGCUCACACUCUUGAGCGGCGGAAGCGCUAUUAACCAGUCACCAAGACGUACGCCUGCGAGGCUACACCUUCCAAGUACUGAAUCUAGGCUGGCACCCGGCGUGAGCAGACAUCCCUCCUCCGGUACACAGUCGGCCUACACACGCGAAAUGUACGUUCCAUCAGUGUGCAUCGCAAUAAGUCCUGACAACAGGUACUCACAGUGUUCAGUGACUAAGAACACUGGCACUGAGCAAUGUACGCCUGCAACACCGAAUGCGAGCACCGGGGAGAGCACCGGGGAGCCCAGCAUCCUAUAUGAAAAGGAAGGCAGUGGGUCCACUGUAUUUGCCAAUCCUGCUGCUGCUGCUGCUGCGAGGAGGGUCCACUCGUCAUCGCUAUAUGAAAAGGAAGGCAGUGGGUCCACUGUAUUUGCCAAUCCUGCUGCUGCUGCUGCUGCUGCUGCAGGGAGGGUCAACUCGUCAUCGCUGUCUUCAUCUGUCGCUACAGACUGUGAGAUGACUAGUACGUGUUUCUCAAGCGAGGCGGACACUCUUGAACGGCAACACACUGUCAAUGAAGGAGAAACAGAGGGUGUGGGUCAGGGUGCUAGCAGCAAUGGAAGGCCAGUGGCAACACGACUACAGUGCCGUAAUGUUAAGCCUGAUCUCAGCCGCCUAUGCCAAGAAAGCUGCGACCCGGACGAGGUAUUUCCAGGUGAGAAGACUACAUCCGUGUGAAACGGAUAUAGACAAAAACGAGUUUUCAGCUUGAUUGAUCAGUGCCCCCCCCCCCCCUUCUGAAUACAGCCAUGUAUCUGGUGCUCUGUUAUCAUCGUCUAACUAGUGACGGAGUCCCAGCAAGGUACUUGCUUCUCGGUUGCUCUGUUGUGUGUCCAGCUGGAGACAGUCGAGUGCAUGAAGCAGUUCAUAUCCUAAUAUCAUUUAUGUGUAAUGCUAGGAUUGUGUCAGUAAUUUUCUGUAGGCAUAAUUAUAAACAUAUAAAUAGCCGGUGGUAAUGUGGAUGUUCAAGCUGUAUUUUAUGUUAUGAUUGAUAGCUGUGAGUCUACCAUUAUCUGCAAACCAAUUGCAAUGCAAUGCGAGUCAACUUUUAAAGAUCUCAGCUAGCUGUUACUUGCUGGCGUCGGCAGCUACUGCUGCUACCGGAGGGUGCAAGCAAUGCUUCAAUUCUGAGAUUAUAGCCUGUUUUUAAAAGCUGCUAUUGACCCUAGGUUAGAACACUAUUUACUCGGUUUACCAGCACGUUCUGCAUUUCCGUUUGCAAGUGGUGCAGAGCAUUCUUCUCGUAUAAGACCCGGGCUUCUUGUUCAUGCCAUGGGCCUUGACACUGCAUUAAUAUGGUUACCACAGUCA